AUUUUCACUUAGCGCUGCGUUAUUGCCAGCGCAUCUCUCCCGAUCGCUUUGCAUUCCCGGACUUAUUGUAGCGCGAACCGAUAGACGAAACUCCUGAAAAAGUUUUCCAGACUCGUGAAUUUUAAUUUUUUCCCCGGCAAGUUUAUCAAACGGGUGGAAUUCGAGGUGUUUCCUGACAGAUUCGACAAUUCAAACUGGGUUAAAAAUUUAUUUAGUAGGAGUCCUUUGGUCUGAGAAACGAUCAUAAACUCGAAACAAAAUCUGCCGUUUCGAUAGUAAUGUCACCUCCGAUUUGCUCUCAUCCCGUGCACGGCAAAACUGCGGAGAAGUUUUUGUACGUCGUUGCCUUCGCCUGUUGCUUUGAAGCCGUGAUUUUAGCCGUAGCCGCUAACGAUGUGACGUCGUCACUAAAUUCGGGGAAAUCCUCGGAUGACAAUCUUCAGCUGGAUGGGGAUUUACCGAAAAGAGACUGGAAUCAAAAUCUGAAGAUGUGGGGCAAAAGGGGAUGGAACAAUCUUCACACAGGCUGGGGCAAACGUACGCCCGUUUCGUGGGACGAAGAAAACGCCUAUUCCCCAUCAAUUUCCGAAAAACGAAUGUGGCAAAAUCUGCAGGGCGGCUGGGGUAAAAGGUACAUUCCAUCGGAGAACGAACUCGUACUAAAACAGUUGGAAGCAGCAAUGGAAGACCAACGAAGCAAUGAAGAAAACGAUCUAGACUCACCCAUCGAAGGUGACAUGGACAUGCACGAAUUCGACAAGAGAAACUGGAACAAAUUCACCGACGGAUGGGGCAAAAGGAGCAAUAACAAUAAGUGGGACAAAUUCAGGGGUUCCUGGGGAAAGCGCGAACCAGCCUGGAACAAUUUGAAGGGCAUUUGGGGAAAGCGGAGCUUUUCAGAAUAACUUAACAGCAUGUAAUUUUUGUGUUAGUUUUCGAUUAAAAACUGAAACGACCAUCAAUGUGAACAAAUAUUUUUUUUACCAAAGAGCAAUGUUAUGUCUCCUUAAAAACAAGUUUGCCUAUAUCUAAAAAUCUGGUACCUUUUCACAGGCCUAGUAUUCACGAAGAUCUCACGGACAUAUUUGUACAAAAUUAAUAUUGCGCGGUUCAUGACGUACAAAGCAGGAAAUUAUUGUAUAUAAGGGCUUAAGGGCUAGGACAAAAAUGCAAACUGUAAAUAUGAAAAGUUCGAUGCUCACUUUGUACAAACAUAUCCGUACCCUAUUAUGAAAUCUGCUCUUCUGCAUUAUUCCAAUGUUGCCAAAUUAAUAUUGAAACAACUUCAAGAUCAGAAAAAAACUGCUUAUUCAACCGAAAUUUUAUUAACCAGCAUCAAUUUUUAUUUUCUUGACUUUUACGCCUAAGAAAUAAACUAAACUACGUAUAUUCACAAAAUUUUCGAUGUUAUCAAGAAUAGGUCAAUUUUUGGUAAGUUUAUAUAAUUUUCGUUACUAGUUGCGGACGUUUAUAGUUACGGACAACGUAAUUUAAUGAAAUAUUUUUCAUUGUACUUCUGGCUAUUUAAAGUUUAAGACUAAUCUAACAUAGAUAACAUAUGGUAACUGUAUUGUAUUGUAAGCAAAAUACAUCAAUAAUUGCAU